AUGACACCAUCAGAUUCAAAGCGUGCACAUAUCACCUUGGAUGCACAGGUGACACUACUAGGCAAUUCCCAGGUGGAGGAGCUCCACGGGUCGCCAGGGCGGCUGUUUCUGCCAGCGCAGCUGUGCCGGCCAGCGCAGCUGCUUUGCCCUUACUUGCCCUACAAUGCCACCCUCUCUGCCCACCAGCUCAUUGAAAAUGCAGACGAUAUGUUCUGCAUUGAUAACGAAGCACUCUAUAACAUCUGUUCCAGGACCUUAAAACUGAUCACACCCACCUAUGGUGACCUGAAUCACCUGGUGUCUGCUACCAUGAGUGGGGUCACCAUGUGCCUGUGCUUCCCGGGCCAGCUGAAUGCUGACCUGCAGAAGCUGGCCGUGAACAUGGUUCCAUUUCCCUGGCUGCACUUCUUCAUGCCCAGCUUUGCCCUGCCGAGCAGCCAGGGCAGCCAGCAAUACCGGGCCCUGACCGUGGCUGAGCUCGCUCAGCAACUCUUUGAUGCUAAGAAUAUAAUGGCCCACUGUGACCCCCAUCAUGGCUGCUACCUAACCGUGGCUGCCAUUUUUAGAGGUCGGAUGUUUAUGAGGGAGGUGGAUGAGCAAAUGUUCAACAUUCAGAAUAAGAACAGCAGCUACUUUGCUGAAUGGCUCCCUCACAACGUGAAAACAGCCAUCUGUGACAUCCCACCCCUGGGGCUAAAAAUGUCAGCCACCUUGAUUGGUAACAACACAUCCAUCCAAGAGCUCUUCAAUCACGUCUCUGAACAGUUUACAGCUAUGUUCAGGCGCAAGGCCUUCCUGCACUGGUACAUGGGCGAGGGCAUGGAUGAGAUGAAGUUCACCGAGGCCGAGAGCAACCUUAAUGACCUGGUGUCAGAAUACCAGCAAUACCAAGACUCCACAGCUGAGGAGGAGGAGUUUGAGGAGUGUGCUGAGGAGGGGGAGGUAGCCUAG